CAAGUAUGCUACCGGCAGUCCUGUUAGAAUGGGCUACGAGUACGUGCCAGAAGUGGACGCGUGGCUGCGCCUGCACAUCGAGCCCGCCAUCUGGCCCGACGCGCGCCUGCGCUGCCAUCUUGAAGGUGGCGCCUUGGCCUCCCCGACAACUAGCGCUAUGUCCAAUGCGAUGGUAGCAAUGUUGGCCGCUAAUAAACUGACCAUGCGCCACGCGUACAUAGGAGUACAUGCCUUCAUAUCCAAGGGAGAUUUCAUGAGUAUGGACGGGAUUCCCAUAGCCAACCUUUCCGUCCGGUGGCGUGAAGGGGAGCCCAACAAUGUGAAAAACGAGGAAGACUGUGUGGUGUUGGACGGUGUAGGCGAGGCCAUCGACGUGAGCUGCAACACCCCUCGCCCCUACUUCUGCCGCAAGAAGAGCGAAAAGAUGAUUGUCAACAAGUGUGGAACUACAGCCGAAGGUUACAAACUUGAGUCCCGCACUGGCAGCUGCUACAAGUUCCACCGGGUUUCGAGAACCUGGCACCGAGCCGCCAUGGCGUGCCAUGCAGAGGGGGGGCACCUGGCAGUCAUCAACAGCAACGAGGAAGCGCAAGUGCUGAAGGAUAUCUUUGGGAGGAAUCCCAGUGCCACUAUAAAAAGGGGUGAUUCGAGGUGGGCCAGUGUGGGCAUUUGGGAUUGGAAUGAACAUGGGGAAUUCCUGACAAUUUUUGAUGAGACGCUGUCCGAAGCCGGAUUCGAAGGCUGGCACCAGAACGAACCCAAUAAUGCCGGCGGCAAAGAAUUCUGCGGCACGCUCGACCGCAGUGGCAGUCUAAACGACUACCCUUGCAACUUACUUGUCCCGUUCAUAUGUGAAAUCACACUAUAG